AUGGAAGCGACAAAUUUAGCCCUCUCACCGCGAGAGUCUCUCAAACCUAGAGGAGAACACAAAGCGUUGCAAUUAAGUGGUAAACCCAAUCAGAUAUUAUUAAACUACAAUACUACUAUAAUACUCCAAUAUUUAACCCAAAUAUUCGUCCAGGUCGGCACAGUCCUUCUAUACGGGGUACCAAUAGUCUCCCUGGUGAUCGAAGGCAUAGAGCGUCUCUGCCUCGCUCAGAUAUCCAAUACGUUGCUGAAGCAGUUCUCGUACAACGAAAUACACAACCGUCGCGUGGCGCUCGGCAUCACCUGCGUGCAGUGCACGCCGGUGCAGCUGGAGAUAUUGAGGAGGGCAGGAGCCAUGCCUGUAUCUUCACGACGCUGUGGUAUGAUAACAAGACGAGAAGCGGAACGUCUUUGCAAGUCGUUUCUCGGAGACAACGCUCCUCCCAGACUGCCCGAUGACUUUGCAUUUGCCGUCCAUCAUGAGUGCGCUUGGGGAUGCCGAGGUGCUUUUUUGCCAGCCAGGUACAAUUCCUCACGAGCUAAAUGCAUUAAGUGCGCGUAUUGCGGCCUCUUCUUUUCUCCAAACAAAUUCAUAUUUCACUCUCAUCGAGUUGGACCUGGAGACAAAUACAUCCAGCCUGAUGCAGCCAACUUUAACUCUUGGAGACGCCACAUGAAGCUCAGUGGAACUCCACCCGAAGAAGUGGUACAUGCGUGGGAAGAUGUGAAGGCCAUGUUCAAUGGCGGAACGAGAAAGAGGAUGCUCUCGGCUGCUAGAAGAGUCCCCAUUCGCAGGCCCGAGUCUGAGGCCAGUGUGGAAGCGAAGAGGCCAGCCGCCAGUCCACCUAGCGCGCAUGCCCCGGUACCGAGACUGGCUGACUAUGUGUGGGGGGCCAGACUGCCUUUACCCUAUGCCCUGCCUUGGUUGAAACCCACUUUGUGGACCCCAGGUGCAUUAACAGCAUUAAGCAGUGUGAACUCUAUAGAAGAGCCUCGCGCCUUCCGUCCAGUGAGGGGUCACCGGCUGGAGUCACCACAACUGUCCCCAGUCAUGUCGCCACCGAGGUCACCCACCAGAUCACCACUUUCAUCAUCCCCGCGGCGGUCCCCGCUCACCAGGUCUCCACUUCGGUCCCCGCCGCCGUCAUCGCCGACGCGGUCACCCAAGAGUGACAGAGACAGUGACGAGAGCGUCGAUAUCGAGACCACGGAGGAAGAUCAGCCGAGGAAUGUGGCAUGCACUUGGCCCUGCAGUACGGUGCCAGCUCGUCCUGACGACCACUGCUGGAGCGGGCUGGUGCCGAAGGUGGAGCGCGACGACGAGGCUCGCGUAGAGCCGUGGCGGCUGCCCGACCUGAGACCCUCGCUGCAUUAUAUACAUGAUCGUGAUAGAGACUGCGUAGCUUGCGUUGCUCCUCUGCCGCUGCUGCCACCACCUGCACCCGCGCCGCAUUAGCUAAUAAAUUGUACUAAACAUUAAUAUGUACCUAGGUUCAUGUAGUAACUCUACUUUGAGAUAUCUCUCAA